AAAUCUAGUUGCACCUAAACACCAACCCCCUUGUGCAAGGAAUUCUUCUCUCUUAGAUUCUAACUCCUUUUACCAAUCAGAAGCUCAAAGAGAAGACCAAAUCUCCUAUUUGACCCAAGGGCUGUAUAACUUUGAAAUAAUCCAUCCCUCCUACCUAAAGCUCCAAGUGCUAACUAUCCUUUAAAACCAAUAUCAAUAAAUCUCUUAAAACAAAACAUACAUUUUUAUCUCAUCCUAAUCUCCCCCAAUUCCCAAAUAGCAUUCAUGCCUUUCACAACACUCCUAACCACAACCUUUCUCCUCCUCUGUUUCACGCCUCCGUCCUCCUCCUUCCCUUCCAACCCAUGGAGCUUCUUCCAAAACCUCACCGGCUGUAACCCCGGCGACUACAACCCCCUCCUCCCCAACCUCAAAUCCUACCUCCACCGCUUCGGCUACCUCCCUUCCCCUCCCUCCAACUUCUCCGACCUCUUCGACUCCGAUCUCUCAGCCGCCCUCCUCUCCUACCAGCACAAUCUCGGCCUCCCUCCCACCGGCUCUCUUGACACCGAAACCCUCUCCCUCCUCUCCCUCCCCCGCUGCGGCCUCCCCGACAUCACCCCCAAUUCCACCCUCCGCGGCCGCCAUCUCUACUCCUACUUCGCCGGAACCCCUUCCUGGCCCUCAGACAAACGCACCCUCACCUACACCUUCACCACCACCUCCUCCGUCUCCAUCGAUAAACCGACCCUUCAAGCCGUCUUCGCUCGUGCCUUCGCCCGCUGGUCCAACGCCACCACGCUUAAUUUCACGGAAAUUUCCCCGCCGGAUUCCGAUAACGCCGACAUAACCAUAGGGUUUUACGGCGGAGAUCACGGCGACGGGGAGGCUUUCGAUGGGGUAUUGGGGACGCUCGCGCACGCCUUCUCGCCGACGGACGGUAGGUUCCAUCUGGACGCAGCGGAGCAUUGGGUGGCGAGAGGGGAUGUUACGGCGUCGGAGGAUGGGUACGCGGUGGAUUUGGAAUCGGUGGCUGUACAUGAAAUUGGGCAUUUGUUAGGGUUAGGGCACUCGUCGGUUGCGGAGGCGGUGAUGUAUCCGUCGUUGAAGACGAGGACAAGGAAGGUGGAGUUGAUGGGGGAUGAUGUGAAGGGGAUUCAGGGGCUGUAUGGCGGGAAUCCGAAUUCUGUAGUGGAAACCAAGGGGAGAAGUAGCUCGGAGACGAGCGGUGGAGUUUCGGUAGCGGCGGCGUUGAGAGCGGUGGGGACGACAAUGGCGGCGGCGGCAGUCGCGGCGGCCUUUAUGUUGUAGGAAUUUGGGUUCGCCUAUUUCAUCUACCAGAAAAAUUUGCUCAGGCAUGCAUCUGCCGUAGGUUAUAUUACAGAGAUGUUACAGAAGUGUAACCUAUCUAUAAUCUCUUAAUAUCUUCUCAAUAACCUCCGACGUUACAGUUCUGCGUACGUUUUGCGUAAGCAAAUUUUUCUCCUCAUCAACACACUAUUCUUUCUUAGGAUUCGGAUUUAUUUUGGAGCUUUGUUAAGCUAAUGAGCAUAAUAGUAUAUAACAAUUAUUUA